GUGUUUGUAAUAAAAACAUCUCCAGCUAGAGACUAGAUUGUCACUAGAUCUAUAUAGAUCUCGAGUAGUAGACUAAUCUAGACUGUUGAUCUUAAGAUCUCUAGAUAUCUUUAAAAAUAUAUGGUAUUCAUAUAUUAUAAAAUAUUAUUCUUUAAGUAUGGGUGGUCUUGACAAUGCCAACCCCGUAGUUUUCCAGGCUACAAAAGAACGUUCUGUUUUACCAGAAGAAGAAGAUGAUAGCAUCGUUGAUAAGUUUGACUCGCGAGAAAUUUUCGAUUUAAUCAGAGUGAUCAAUGAUCCUGAACAUCCAUUGACACUUGAAGAGUUAAAUGUGGUUGAAGAGUCAAAAGUAAAAGUUGAUGAUAAUGCAAACACAGUUCAUAUUUACUUCACUCCCACAAUUCCUCACUGUAGUAUGGCCACUCUCAUUGGUUUAUCCAUACGAGUCAAGUUAUUGAGAUCACUACCAUCAAGGUUCAAGGUUGAUAUUGAAAUCACACCAGGAACACAUGACUCAGAGAUAGCUGUAAAUAAACAACUGGCAGACAAGGAGAGAGUAGCUGCAGCCUUGGAAAACUCACAUUUGUUGGAUGUUGUCAACCAGUGUCUGUCCUGAUGUGACAAGUAGUGUAGCACUAACAAUAGCAUAAAAGUUGACUGGAGAAUCACAGCUCUGGCUUCAUUUCAUUGCUGACUUCCCUGCCUAUUGCCUAGAAUAUUGGAUUUGGUUUCACUGAAACUUUUAAAUAUUGAUUCAAGAAUAAGCAAAGUCACUAUCAGUUUUUCUCUGUUGGCUAGAGUUACUAACACUAUAUUUAUUAUAUCUGUUAGACAUCAUGAUAAAUGGUACAAUAAAGAAGAAAUCCUUCAUAAUUAUGUUUGCUAAAAAUGGUAAAAUUAAAUUCCAUUUUUUUUUUAUUUCAUGUGAUUGAUUAAAACCAAAAAUAACAACCAUGAAAUAUAAUUUAAUUUUUUUUAUCUUAUUAUCUUGGAUUUUGCUGUAAAUUGAUAAUAAUAACUCUAUAGUUGCAAUUAACAUUUUUUUUUUCAUUUAACUCUUUCAGUGCAGCAUUACUCUCAGAUUAUUAUCUUUUUCCAUACUCAGUUUAAAAUAUUUUCUUGAAUAAUUUAUUUUAUUUAUAACACUCAGCCUAUUCAUUUUCCUUUAAAAUAUCAAAUAUAAUAUAUAAAUAUAAAAGUUAUGUUAGUUUUAGUAACUCUACCUCCAUGCACAGUUUUGUUUGUCCCGGAAAAUUUUUUUUUUUCGAUUAAAACAAUACCCAUUGAAAUAGUUUGUAUUGUGGUUUCUGCCAAAAGUAACAUGUUAAAGUGAAGAAGUUAAUUUUUUUUUACUGCCAGUACAAUCUUCUGUUGUACAUUCAGGGACAAUAUUCUGAGAGUGACCAUAGACUUUUUAAGUGACUGUUAGGUUUAAUUUUUUAAUGUAAGUGUUUGUGCAUUUUGAAAGCAUGUUGGCUAAGUGGUAAAGCGCUUGGCUUCCGAAAAAUUAGGAGUUCUGGGCUCAAUUUCUGGUGAAGACAGAUUUUUUAUUUCAGCAUCUUUAAUGGGUGCCUGAUAUUAGUUGGGGAAAAUUAAAGAUGGUCGAUCGUUGUGCUGGCCACAUGACACCCUUGUUAACUGUGAGCCAUCAAAACAAAUGACCUACACAUCAUCUGCUCCAUAGAUUGCAAGGUCUGAUAGGGAGAACUUAGUGCAUUUUACUUUUACCAUUGUUAAGUGACUUUCAAAAGUUUUACCAGUUUUAGAAAUUGUAUUUUGAAGCCACAGAAUUUACUUUAUGAUGAUUUUUUUUUUUCAUUUUUUCUUGAAAAUGCCAGAACUCUGAGGCUGCACUCCCUGAUCAUUUUUGCAGAUUUUGAAUAGUAAAUUUGUGUUUGCCAAUAACUUUGAAAAAAAAAAAAAAUGCAUAGUUUGAGACAUACAACUUUUUAGAAUUAUGUUCAUUUGUUCAUUUAAUCGCCUCACACAUCCACAUAUUCAACAACAUUGUUACAUGUGUGUUUGUGUGGGCUGUACUAUUUCCUUUCAAAGAACCUAAUUAAUUAAUGAGUUCAUGUCACAAAGUAAAUCGUACAAUAAGGUAAAAGUAAACCUGUAAUUUAAAAUAUUGUUGGUAUAAUUUACAAUCAGUAUAAUUUAAAAUACAGAUCAUAUUGUUGGUAUAAUUUACAAUCAGUAUAAUUCAAAAUACACAUCAUAUUGUUGGUAAAAUUUACAAUCAGUAUAAUUCAAAAUACAGAUCAUAUUGUUGGUAAAAUUUACAAUCAGUAUAAUUCAAAAUACAGAUCAUAUUGUUGGUAUAAUUUACAAUCAGUAUAAUUUAAAAUACAGAUCAUUAAAAGCUAUUUCAGCAGGGUUGUAUCUGCAAGUCACCAUUGGCUCAUAUUUUGAAUGAUAAGUUGCAUCAUAAUGAAAAGUUGGCUGUGUAUUGUAAACAUAAUUUACUUAAAUUCAUGGUUUUAAAUUUAUAAUAAAUAUUUAGAUUAUAAGAAUAAAAUGAGAAUAUUCUGGGAUUGUCAGACCUUUUAAUAUGAUAAAUGAUCUUUUUUAUUUCACUAUCUAGUUUAGUAUUCAUAGCGCUAGAAUGUCACCCUAGCCAGAAAUCUAUUCCAUGUUUUAAAAAUAUAAGAUUACGAAAACGUCUCUUUUACUUGGCUCAAACCUGUUGUGUGCUGUUUUGAAAACUAAUAUCUUGCCAAGUUAUGAGUGGUUGUAGAGGCAAAAUUAGAACAGAAUAAAUGGACAACAACAACAACAAAAAAAAGAUCAUGACGGCCCCUUCGGGAUAGUCGUUAUUGGGCAUUAGGUAUAUAACAAACUUAUACCUAUAUCGCAUACGCAAUUGCCAAUUAACGCGGGCUGCCUUUGUAGGCCUACGCAUGUCAUUCAAUAUGCAUACUUGUAUAAGCAAAGCUUUCGUAAGCUCAUAGUUGGCUCUUGCACCGAGCUUGUACAAAUGAUUCAAACAGCUUGUCUUCCGAGCCAGUAUAGAAUUCAUUGCCACUGCAAAGACGAACGAAACUGUUUUCUUCUAAGCAUGAACUAUUUGAACAUUGCAAUUGUGGUCGCUGUUUGUAUUCACGUAUUAUUUAUUUUAAAACUUUUCUUCCAGAGCUGAGCUCAUUUCUUGUUCACUGUCCUUAGCUUUUUAUUUUUUAUCAAUAUCUUUCUUCACAUAGUGCGUCUAGGUCUUCCCAGUGGUUCACAUUUAUCUCAAGUCUCGUUUCAUGACAUCAACAUAGCGGAGGGGAGAGGGACCAUUGGCGCCAUUCGUUCACUAUAGAGGAUGACUACGAAUUCGUUCGUCCUCCAUACGGACCAUGCAUGCGCAGGCGAAAUAGCCUAGGGUGGUGUAUAUACUGGGAAGACCCGAGCAAGCAAGCACCUGAAUGUUGCUUAUUCUGUUUUGUUAUGUAACUUUCAAGAUACUGCGGAGACAACGCUUGUGGAAUUCGUUUAAUUUGCGCACUUGCAUCGAAUGUUCAUGUUUCGCUACCGUACGUUUUCGUAUUGAGUUUUUUCCCCUUACCCUACCGAAAGUAGAAGCAGCCUUCCCAAAUGAGCUUUUUGAUAUAUUUUUAGGACAGGUCGUCUCUGUGGAUCCUAAAUAACAAAAUUUAUGCCCGACACCCAGCAGGAUUCAACUAAAAAUAUGGUUAGUGCCAUUGGGUCGGAUGCUUCCAUCAUAUCGGUUUUCUUUAUGCUGAUUGUCAAUUCAUAUUCCUUGCAGGCCUGUGAAAAACGAGACUUUAGUGACAGCGGAGAGCAUUUUGGUGUUGUUUUUUUACAAGCGUAGCUUUAAUUUUGGUUUUGGACUUAACCUUGAAGAAAAACACAUUCCAUUUCAUCAUUAGAAAAUAAAAAUGUGAUUUAAGAAUUUUGAACUGUAA